AUGAGCGAAAAGACCGACACGGUAGAGGCCGCAAAGGAGGCGCCUCCAGUGGGCGUCUCCUUCUUCGAUCCAGCGCUCAAGGCUGUACGUCGACGAGUCUUUAUCCUCUGGAGUCGGACAGUCCUCAUGCUCUGUGUCUUUAUCCUGGCAGCCCUGUCCCUCUUCUGGGCGUCGCAGUUCCGCGUGGAGAAGAACUAUCCCGCCCUGACCAUCUGGGUCGUCGACUUUGACGGCCAGGUCGAACCGUCUACCAACCGGAGCCAGACGCCGAUUGUUGGCCCUGCGGUCGUGGAAACGGCCCAGCACAUCAUUAAUUCCUCCGACAUCUCCAUGGGCUACACUAUCAAAUCACCCGCCGACUUCCACUACGACCCAGUGGCUGUGCGCCAGGGCGUCUACGACGAGCAUGCCUAUGCCGCCAUCGUCGUCAACCCCAAUGCCACCGCGGUCCUGUACGACGCUGUCACCUCCGGAAACACCGCGCCAUAA